AUGGCAAUGGAAAUAACACUUGAAAUAGAAUUUGCCUAUUGUUAUCUUUUCAUUUUCCUCUACUUCUAUCUUGUUGUAGAUCAUAAUAUUAUUUCUUAUUUCUUUGGUCAAUUAGAAAAGAGGGAACAAAUUGUAGAUAACGUUUUCCUUUGUAAACUUUAA